UGUGCUGUUGUCCGACAAAGCCGAUGUGAGGCUUAGUUAGAGCUUAACCUGCGCAAAUCUUCCUGGCUUGACUCACCAAUCUGGGGACAAGACAGUUUUGGGAAGUUGCCUAGCGCACAGAUUGACCAUUGACCAGUGCCCUCCAUACCAGAGUCACAGCAGGUGAAAACAACGUGAAGCUCGUUAACUGCAUACCUGCACAGGUAGUUCAAGCAUCUUGUUUCGGGGACAUUGUGCAUGGGAUAAAAACGUCACACCUGACUGACUGGACAUAACCCUGGACUUUGUAAAGCUAUUCUCCCACUGGCUGCUAAUUUGACCAGCAUCUCAAUUAUUCAAAAUGGCCGCCACUGAACAGAAAGUUGAUCCUACCCUCUUGGGCGCCAUCAAGGGUGAUCACAAACUGAAGCAUGUGGACACAAGCGAGAAAAACCCUCUGCCCUCCAUGGAAGAUGUAAAUCAGGAGAAGAAUCAUCAACAAGUCCUUGAAGGAGUCAACAAGUUUGAUAAAACCUCAUUCCAUCAUACGGAAACCAAGGAAAGGUCUAUUCUGCCUGACACCAGUAUUCUAGAUGAGGAGAAGAAGCGAGAAACUCACCUCCAGGACAUUAACAAGUUUCCCCGAUCAGAGCUUAAACGCACUAUUUCUCAGGAGAAGACUGUCCUGCCCGAUGUACAAACGUUGGCCCAGGAAAAGACCAUCCAGAACAUCAACCAGUUCGACAAAACCGGACUGAAGAAGGCGGAAACUGUGGAGAAGAAAGUGCUCCCUAACAGUGAAGACAUUGGUCAGGAAAAGAAGGAGACUGAACUGAGGAAGUCUAUUGGAGAAUUCGACAAGGAAAACCUCAAGCAUGCAACUAUGAACGAGAAAAAUCCCCUUCCACCAAAAGAUGCCAUUGAAGAGGAAAAGAAGCAGAAGGAGUUUGAAAGUUCUAUCCAGGGUUUUCAGAGGGCCAGCCUGAAGAAGACAAGUGUCCAAGAGAAAAGUUGUUUGCCUUCCAAAGAAGAUAUUGAAGCCGAGAAGUCUGGUAAAGCAUAGACGAGGGCUGCUACUUGUUACUACAGGUUACCGACUGCAUGUUACUACUUGUAUCUAGCAUUGUACAUACACAUGUGAUACAGCAUCGUAUACCACACAGAACAGGUAUACGAUGCAUGCCAUCUGGAAUUUUCAGUGACUUAUAUUCCCUGCAUAUUCAAUCCAAAUUUCCAACAACAAAAAAUCAAGUAUUGAUUGUCUGAUUUUACCUCCUGAAACAAAGUUUUGGGGGUCUUUUUCAAACAUUAUUUGUUUUUGAUAAAAGUUUCAAUACAGAGAUAUGUCAAGGCCAUAUUAGAGACAAAUAUUCAGCCACAACAAAAGUCAGUAGAUAUCCCCCAAUUUUGGGUAAUAAAUUAGCAGAAUCAAGUUAGUAUGGAUACAAUUAAUGUUAUGGGGUUUUGAGAAAAAUAUUGAUCUAAUUACUUUAUAAUGAAUUAAUGAUUGGUUCCCAUUUACCCUGUUGAGGAGACUUCAUUUUGUGUUUUGGGCAAAGUCCUGCGAUAAAAUGAUUCUUAUACAUUUGUUAGAACAAAGCAUGGCAUUAUCUUGGGCAGUGACUAUCAUAGGUGAGUUACACGCCAUACAGGAACCUGUGUGUACAGAAAACAGUAUACACGAACCAUUUUCAUUGCAUUUCAAGCAUUUCACAUUGUAGUUUAUGUUAUAUAUGUGUAGACAGCCAUUUGUUAAGCACUGACCCCUCUAGCAUUAAUUAAUGUCACCUGUAUCCAGGUUCGGGGCCAACAAUCAUACUUCUCCAUCAAUCAUGCAAAGAUGAGUUAUCUCCCUUGAUUUUGUCUGCUUCCUCCAGCUAAAGUGAUUUACUAAGUCUAGAUAUCACAGUUCAAGAUAUAAGUGAAUAGUCUUUCUGAAUCCUGUAUUAUCCAAUGUUAUAUUAACUAUACUUUUAUGUUGUAGUUAUUGGAAAUUGUUUUGUUCAAGAGGUGUCUGCGUUUUGCAUUGUAAAAACAUUAAGAAUAUUUUGCUUUUAUUCUUGAUUAUAUGUAAAUUGUUAAAUAAAAUUUGAUAAUUUCAUGUUGGAUAAAUCAGAUUAAUAAAAGGGUUAAAAUUGAAAAUGUACACAAACCAGUUGAUUCAGCUUAUGUGAACUUGACACUGUAGUCAACAUGUUGAGGGCCCAUUUUCUAAAGACACAAAGUAAUAUACCUUCGACAGACAUGGUACAAUAUAUGUCAGUGUUCUCACAUCCUUAAUGCAUAGAAAUGUUCAGGUGAUCUGUUUUCUACCUGUUGGGAUCUCUUUGGAAAUAAGCAGAAGUCAUCAGCCUCCAAAGAUGAAAGUGAUGGUAAAUUGUUUCAGGUCAAUGCUUCAACAUGCAUUUCAACUCUCAGUAUUUGUUACUGCAUCUGACUCUUCAUGUGGUGAACAGUGUCUGUUCACACAAGUUGACUGGACGUUGUGAUUGUACUUUUUGGUAAAUCCUCUGAUCUUGUUUGUUUGUGAAUGUCAGGAGAGACAUGUGGUGCUUUAUACUUUUUCAUGCAGGUUUUUGUAGUUUCUGUACCUUGAGAUAUAGAUUUAGAAUUUUUAAACCUUUGCUUGUUUUAAUAACAGUAUUAACUUUGCUAAGUUACACAAAGAAGCUCGUCCAAUGUUGUUAAUAUGAAAAGGAUAUACAAUAUUUUUGAAACAUUACUGUUCUUUUGAUCCAUUUGGUAUGGUUUCUUUUUAAUAUUAAUGUAUGAAAUUUGUUAAUUUUUUUCGUAAAGAAAUUUGCCCAUAUUUGAUUUUGGGGUCCCUUGUUCCUGUAGACGGUAUUUGGACAUAAAAUUAAGUAUCUGACUUGCUUCUAUUGGUGACCUUCGUAAGCUGUUGCUUAACUUUCAUCUGUAUAUUGAUGUAUGCCAUCUUAGAAUAAACAUAUAUUUCCUGGUUCAAA